AUGUUGUGGGCCGCUGCAGAGUUGAAGAGCCGCCUACGUGCCACGUGUGUGGAGCCGGUGGCGCAGGUGGUGGCCCUCUUUCGCCGCAGCAUCGAAGCCAACGGCUUCUCCGAGCUCGUCGCCCCGGCCUCGGACGCAGAAGUCUCCACGGACGAGCGAGCGAGUGAGGGGAGCGGGGGACAGGAAGACUCACUCAUAGCCAAUCUCGCAAAGAAACGCGACGAUCCGUUUGUUCCAGACAGGAGGCACCUCUCCGUCGUUGAGACGGAGAACACGCCCAUUGAUCCGCAGCAUCCGUUGACCGGCGAGUCCUUCAACGACAGGUUUGCAGAGGCCGUUUCCCACCUCGACUUUUGGAAGUCGCCUGGGUCAGAUGGUUUUUUGCACUCAGCCAAUUCGAUGGGGGACUUCUUGGCGAAAGACUAUGACAACGGAGUCAGCGUGGUGCCGCAUCAAGCGGCUAGAGAUCGUAGGCACGAAGAUCGGCCUGUGAAAACGGCGAACUCGUCAAGCUCGGAUUGA